CAGGUGAUGUAAAAGGAGGAAAACAAGCGAUUGGAGGGGCCCAACAAAGGCCCACCGAUCCACCCAAUAAUGGUGGUCAGAAUGAUGCUGCCGAUUUCUUCUUUCGCUCGCGUGGUCUCCAUUCUCUUUCCACUCAAAUCGAGGUCUAUAUAUGUUAAUGUGUAUAUUUUUAUUUUUUUAUACGUACAUUUGUAUUCUGUGUGUGUGUAAUUGUGCCAUGUUAGUCCACUGCAGAACCCUAAAAUUUAAUUUCAAGUACAAGCAUCAAGCAUAAAGUACUUGUCCUUGUUUUGUUUAUAUGUUCUGCUUUGUGUUUGUCACUUAGUGAGAAUUUUAGUUUGUUUGAGAACUGUGUGGUUACUGUCUGUAGAUUCUAAUUGCUCUGUUUGUAUGCUGAAGAAAUAUUUCACUUUUUUUUUUCUUAUCGAGAUUCCGUACUGGUCUUGAUGGUUCUGAUUUAAAGAAUGGUGAAACGGAAGGAAGUCGCAAUUUUUGAAAUUGAACUGCUCAUGCCCUGCUAAAAAAUUAUUGAGAAGCAUAAACAAUGAGAAACAUAUACCUUGAGAUACAAUAAUUUAAUUCUGUGGUGAUCACAGACCUGGCUUAAAUUUAUUGCUGCUUGGAAAACUUAUUACGAGUGGAAUUGUUUUCACUGGAAUGACUUCAUAAAGAACUUUGUUACCAAUUGUUUGGUGUUACUUUGUUAUUUUAUGUAAAAACCAGUGAAUUUAAGAUCUGAAGCCCUUUCACUAUCUUCUUGUGCAUCAAUUUUGAUUUUCUUAUAUUAUUAUGAUUACAGAAUACGAUCUUAAAGUCAAAUCCAAGAAUCGUAAUGGAUUCACGGUUAAUAACGCGACUAUUCCACCAAAAACUCCUUUUUGUACAAAACAAUCAAUAUGUAGAAUCAUAACAAGUGAUUGCUGAAAUUCAAGGAUAUAAUACUCAUUCCUUUUUGUUGUUUUUAUAUUGGGAUUGGUUUUUCUAAGGAUAUUAAUGGAAGAAAAUGCGUUUUAGUAUAUAUUUGAUAUAUGAGUCUUGGAAUUCCAUGAUCUUGUUUAGUUUAAGAGUUCUUAUAUGAUGCACCUAAAAAUUGAGAGUUUAUAUCCGUUGUAUUAUUAUAUUUAAAUCUUGAUUGUUAGAUGAAGUUACCAGAAUUGUUAAAUUUGUAAAGUAAUAUCACCCCUCUUACAGCCACUUAUUUUAAAAAAUUAGAACUUUUUCUUCUUUUCAUUUGCACCAUCUUCUUCACAACAUUAUAGAGAGAGAUAUAUUCCAGUGAGCAUCAAUGAAUUAGAUGCCUACAAAUUCAAGACAUUAAGACGAGAUAACGGAUUUCUUGGCAUUUGGCGACGCUAGACAAUAAAAAAUGGAGGAGAGAGAGUUUUGGUUUGAAUAUUUCAAAUGAAGACUCUAGCUGAUUCCAAUGACUGUUGAGAGUUUUUAGGGACAAGCUCUUUCAUUUACGGCUGGCAUUAUCAGCUUCAAAGUUACUUGAUCGUGAUAUCACAUCAAAGAGUGAUCCAAUGGCAGUUAUAUAUGUAAAGAAGAAAGAUGGGAAACUAGAGGAAGUUGGCCGCACUGAAGUCAUUUUAAACAGCUUAAACCCUUCUUGGAUCGAAAAGAUUACAAUUGCCUAUCAGUUUGAGACAUUACAGCUGCUAGUCUUUCACAUCUAUGAUGUAGAUACCAAAUAUCACAAUAUACCUGUGAAGUCACUAAAGUUGAAGGAUCAGCAAUUCUUGGGAGAAGCUAGUUGCUUUCUGUCUGAGAUAGUGACCAAACUGAAUCAAACAGUGACCCUGAAUCUCCAAAACAGAAGUGGGCAUGGAGUUUUGACUAAUUUAGGGACGCUCAACAUCUAUGCUGAGGAAACAGUUGCUUCUAGGACUGCCAUUGAGCUAACAUUCCAUUGUUCCAACCUGGAUAACAAAGAUAUAUUUUCUCAAAGUGACCCUUUCCUAAGAAUAUCUAGAUUAGUAGAGAGUGGUGCUUAUAUACCUAUAUGUAAGACUGAGGUGGUGAACAAUAAUCUGAAUCCAGUCUGGAGGCCCCUAUAUCUGAGCAUGCAGCAAUUUGCAAGCAAGAAUAACCCACUGGUUAUUGAGUGCUUUGACUUCAACAGCAAUGGCAAUCAUGUCCUGAUUGGGAAGGUUCAGAAAUCAGUGUCUGAUCUGGAAAAGAUGCACAGAGAAAAAGGCGGUGCGAAUUUCAUCUUACCAUCUCAUCGAGGUCAUGAAAAGGUUCUGAAGGGUCAGCUGUUUGUGGAUCAAUUCGUGGAGAAGGAGCAGUACAGUUUUCUGGAUUAUAUCUCCAGUGGCUUUGAGCUAAAUUUUAUGGUUGCUGUUGACUUCACUGCUUCAAAUGGAAAUCCUCGACAUCCUGAUUCCUUACACUAUAUUGAUCCUUCAGGCCGGUUGAAUUCUUAUCAGCAGGCUAUAAUGGAAGUGGGGGAGGUAAUACAAUUCUAUGAUUCUGAUAGGUGUUUUCCUGCCUGGGGAUUUGGGGGAAGGACGCCUGCUGGUACAAUUUCACAUUGUUUUAACUUGAAUGGAAAUCCAAGUGGCUUUGAGGUUGAGGGUGUUGAAGGCAUCAUGGCUGCCUAUGCCACUGCUCUACAGAAUGUUGCUCUAGCAGGACCCACUUUGUUUGGCCAAGUGGUCAAUACAGCUGCACAGAUUGCUGGUCAGUCUCUUUCAGAGAACAACAAGAAGUACUUUGUGUUGCUCAUUCUAACGGAUGGAGUCCUAACAGACAUUCAAGAAACUAAAGAUGCUUUGGUGAAGGCAUCUGAUCUUCCAUUAUCAAUUCUUAUAAUCGGAGUAGGAGGUGCAGACUUUACACAAAUGGAGAUUCUUGAUGCUGAUCAAGGAUGUCGACUAGAGAGUUCUACUGAUAGGGUGGCCACACGAGAUAUAGUACAAUUUGUUCCAAUGCGAGAAGUGCACAGUGGACAGCUUUCUGCGGUUCAAGCACUUCUGGAAGAGUUACCUGGACAGUUUUUGUCAUAUAUGCGGUCUAGGGAUAUCAAACCACAUGCCCGCCACACUGAUUGAACAUGAUAUUGAUAGCACUAUGAUUCUGGGUUCAUUCCAACAUUACAUUUCUGUAGAUAUGGCAUACAUUAGGGUUAAACUUGUACAUAUUCUCAUGAAUUGACUUUUUCUUCUUUCCGGUUAUACACUGCACUUUGCAAAAAAAAAAAAAAAAAUUGAAGCCGACUCAUGGGUUUGACCUGUUAGAAGGUUUGUGUAUAGUUUAGAUUCAGAAAGUUGUUUCUGGCUGUGUCAACGUGGGCUACCUGAUUAAGUUUUUAAUCAAUCGUUAUUCAAUUCUUUGUAUAUUUUUGUUUCUUGAACAAUUGUAAUCCCAUUUGAAGCCUAUAAAAUAUAUGAACUUUUCACAAA